AUGCUUGAGUAUAAAUUAGUCAUUCUUGGCUCAGGAAGUGUUGGAAAUUCUGCUUUGACUGUACAAUUUGUACAAAGAAUUUUUAAAGAAAAACAUGAUCCUACAAUAGACAAUACUACAGAAAAUCAAGUAGAAAUACAUGCACAACUCUAUAUGCUUGAAAUCUUGAAUACUACAGGAACAGAACAAUUUAUAGCAAUGAGGGAUUUGUACAUAAAAAACGAACAAGGCUUUGCAUUAGCUUAUACCAUCCAACCACAGUCUACAUUUUAUGAUUUACAAGAUCUGAGAGAGCAGAGUCUUCAAGUCAAAGACACUGAUGACGUCACAAUGAUUCUUGGUAAUAAAGGUGACUUGGAAGAUAAAAGAGUUGUAGGGAAGGAACAAGGUCAAAAUCUAGCAAGACAAUGGAACAACUGUGCAAUCUUAGAAUCUUUUCCAAAAUAA